AAAGAUUGACUUGUUCAAGAAAAAGAAAAAAAAAAGCUCGUGCGAUUCAUUUAUCAGCUAACGUUUACUCCAGAAGCAUUUUGCACCCUUCAAAAUCCACUCAAUCUCCAAACCCUAAAAAUCUCGCCUUUCCAAAUCCCAAAUUCAAAACUUCCCCCGAAAUCAAACACGUUAAAUCCCCCAAAACGGAAGAUCAGAUGUCGUCCUCGUCGAGCCCGAAGGAGGCGGCGCCGCCGUGGCUGGAAUUGCCGCGGGAGAUAACUUCGGCGAUUCUGCACAAGUUGGGGGCGAUCGAGAUACUGACGACUGCACAGAGUGUAUGCACUGCGUGGCAGAGUGUUUGCCGAGACCCUUCAAUGUGGCGGUGCAUCGACAUGCGAAAUACUGGCGAUCUCUGGGACAUGCCGUACAAUUUGGAGAAGAUGUGCCGCCACGCAGUCGAUCGCAGCCAGGGCCAAUUGAUUGAUAUCAAUAUUGAGUAUUUUGGUACCGAUGAAUUACUGCACUACAUUUCUCAGAGAUCUAGUCAGCUCAGACGUCUUCAACUUGUAUUUUCCUAUGGCAUAACAGGUGAUGGUCUGAUCGAAGCAGUUAAAAAAUUCCCUCUGCUGGAGGAGCUGCAUCUGUACUACACUUCUAUCGAUGCACAAGCUAUUGAAGCCAUUGGCCGAUUAUGCCCGCACUUGAAGUCAUUUACAUCAAACAACCGCUGGUACAAGCAGGAGUAUCUCGUGUGUGAUAUGGAUGCCCGAGCAAUUGCAGAAAACAUGCCUCAACUACGCCAUCUCCAACUCUUUGGAAACAAAAUGACAAAUGAAGGCUUGCAGGCCAUUCUUGACGGCUGUCCUCAUCUUGAAUUGCUUGAUCUGAGGCAGUGCUUCAACAUCCACUUCGGUGGGAACAUAGGCAGAUUGUGCACGCAGAGGAUUAGAGACUUGAGGCGCCCCCAUGACUCAACUGAUGAUUACCCUUUUGAUGCUGAUAUAUAUGAUUAUGAAACAUCAGAUGAUGACUAUAUAACUGGCUUCUCUGACAUGGAUUUAGUGUCUGAUUACGAUGACUAUCUUGAAUUCUCUGGAGCCAGUGAUUGUUCGGGCGAAUAUUUCGAUUACCACGACGCUUGGUAAGUGAGGACAUACUAAGGUUCUUGAGCUUUCAUUGGUUUUCAUCUGCUGUAGCGUCGUCUAGUUUAUCGUACCCUGAUGCAAUGUCCUACUUUUCAAUCGUGUAAAAAUGUUGGAUUUGCAAAAUGGAUGAUGUUUGCAGCAAUUCCUUAUGUAUUGUAACUUUGAUCAGCCGUUCAUCUUUGUAGUUGGUUAAUUGUAGGUUUCUUUUUUUAGUUGAAUUGAAUGUAGUUAUAUUGCCUAA